GCGCUUGCGGGCCUGUGUGCAAGCGCAUGCAUGUGGUCCCAAGAAAAACACCCCCACCCGUGCUGGCUCUGGAAUGAGGCCCGGAGGGAGGAAGAGAAGUGGAAGGAGUGGAGCGCAGAGGCCGAGAACUAGCAGAGGAAGGGGAGCGAUUGCGGCCCGGGGCGCUUUGUGGCGCGAGCCCUGCGGCCAAGGGGGUUGCGCAAACCCGGGCUGAAGAAGCCAACAAAGGAGUGAGGCCAGGGGAAAGGACGUCCUUUGGUUCGGAAGGCAGAUCGUCCGCAAUGCCAGCACGGACCCUCUCACGUUCCACCUCCUUCCCGACAGGAGCCCCUCCUCUCCCCGUCGCUGGAAGCCUGGAGCUCCCAAAGAAGCCGCCUCCAGAAGGGCCGCCUUUCCUUUUCCCUUCUCGAAGAUGAACGUCCCCAGGUGCUGAAAUUGGGGCAGGAGUGACCUUUCCUGUCCAUGCUCUCUCUUAACCGGGGUUGGGGAUAGGUCAAAGGUCAUUGAAAAAUACCAUUUCAAAAGGAAAUGUUGGGGGGGAAAUGUUUCUUUGCUACUGAGGGAAUCCGUAGUCUGACUUCUGCAAGAGUUUCCCCUGGGGGAAGGGGCGACUUGGGAGGGGGGAAGCCUUCUAUAAGUGGAGAACAGGAUGGAGAACCCUGAAAGGUUGACUAACACACUUGAAAUGUGCCUGCCUCGAGCAAAACUUUCUUCUUCUAACUGGGGAAGGAAAGCUAGAGGGGAGUGGGAACCCCAUCCUCAAAUUACUUUUAUCUGUUCGAUUCCGAUGUGGUACACAGGGUCAGAGACAAAUCUAUGCUGCAUUGGCUGCAAAGCUUCUUGGAUGAUCUCUGGAUUUCUUUUACCUAAGAAUGCAUCAAUCCUCGGUCUCAGUUUGGCAUUUUCUCUCUACAAGCCAAGGGUUGACACGAAACCUAAUAGUAAACAGCAAUUAACGACCCCGUCAGCAUCAGGGUAGGAUGAGGGUGAUGGAAAACAGGACCCCUGGCCUGGGAUGACGCUCAGAUUUGCACGUGUCUCUCUAGGGAAAGACUUGAAGGUUCACACAAGGAACUACACAGGCAGUUACAAAGGGGAGGAGGUGUUGGGGAAGAAGAAAAUAUCCCGUCCACCAUCAGCCAUCUGUCCCCCGCCCCUCCCACCUGCCAGCCCCUACCCCCCACCUCAGACGUGCAGUAGAAAGGGGAGGGGGCGGUCAGUGGAUAAAGGAGGCCCUACCACUCCCAACAUCCCCCCUGCAGAAAACGAGCACCGUUGCGGGGGGAGCUCAGCGUAUUUUGUUGGAGCUGCGGGCUCGCCCUUUGAGGCCCCUGCCGGAGCGCGCAGACUCCUGGGUCCGGGGGAGCCGGCAGAUGGCCUGCAGCGCACCGCCCGGCCCCCACGCUGGCCACGUCCGCUAGCGUCAUCUUUCUCCCCCGCCUCCAACCCUUCAAAAUCCCGCGGCCGAGCUGCUCCGGAUCCCGUAGGGCUCCCGGAGCAAAGCCGAGUGGGGAGGAGAAAGGGGCGGAGAGCGAGGAGAGAGGGAGGGCGAAGAGCCCGGCCACCCCCGGCCUUUUCCGGCCAGCUGAAAUACUACCAAUCACCCGCUCCCGGGCGUCGAAUUACAGAAGCUUCUCAUUGCCUUGCUAAUAAUGUUAGGGUGGAGGGAGUAGGGUUCGGAGACCCUCCUUGGAGAAGGGAGGGUUUUUUUUGUUUUUUUGUUUUUUUUCUCCCUUGCUCUUGUCCCCUCCACGCCCACCUGGGGUCCUGCAGGCCAAUCCUCUGCCCACUUCCCUCUCCCUUCCGAGCUUGAAGAGCUGGUGGCCCAGCCUCGUCCUACGCCACUGUCCCCUGGGCUUCUCGCUGCCCCGGCACCGCAGCAGGGACUGUGGACUGAAAAGCGCCCGGGGAGCUGCCGUUCCUGCUCCGCGCACGGCGAGCUCGGGCCCCGAGCUGGUGGCAGGGCGGCGAGCUCUGGCCCGCUGGUUCCCGACCCCGGAGAGACGGAGCCCUCUUCCCUUCUCACCUCUCGCCAGUUCAUCUUUCUGUGCUCGGUGGGGAGGGGGCGGAGACGGGGAUGCCUCCCAGCCCCCACCUCCCGGAGGGGGGGAGAGCGCAGUCGGCGCGCGCAGAGGGUGGCGGCUGCUCCCCUUCGGCCCAGCGCUCCGAAUCUGCCCCUGCAGCCGCCGCAGCUGCCGCCGCCGCCUGGGCUGCCUGGGGGGGCGACUGCGCGUCACCUAGACUGAGCAGCGCCGGGGAUUUAAAUGCCACUGAAACGGUGAUCCAUCACCGCGGGAGCCAGCAAACUUUCGCAGGAGGCUCCGCCAUUGGCUGGCGGAGUCACGUGCCCCUCCCCCUGCGCCCUCCGCCCUCGCGCCCCCCCUCUUGCGCACUGUACAUUCAUAUCAUUUUUCUUCUCCGGCCCCAUGGAGGAAGUGAGAAAGUUGGCACGGUCACCCAGGGCUUCGCAGGACCCGGUCCCUCAGUGACAGAUGGACAAUGCAAGAAUGAGCUCCUUCCUGGAAUACCCCAUCCUCAGCGGUGGCGACUCAGGGACCUGCUCAGCGCGAGCCUACCCUUCCGACCAUGGAAUUACAACUUUCCAGUCGUGCGCGGUCAGUGCUAACAGCUGUGGCGGCGACGACCGCUUCCUAGUGGGCAGGGGGGUGCAGAUCAGCCCGCCCCACCACCACCACCACCAUCACCACCCCCAAGCGGCCACCUACCAGACUCCCGGGAACCUGGGGGUGUCCUACUCCCAUUCGAGUUGUGGUCCAAGCUAUGGCGCGCAGAACUUCGGCGCGCCUUACAGCCCUUACGCAUUAAAUCAGGAAGCAGAACCACCAAGAAGCCUGUCGCUCCCCUACAUCAGAGACCUCUUCUCCAGCACAGACCUUUGACUGGAUGAAAGUCAAAAGAAACCCUCCCAAAACAGGGAAAGUUGGAGAGUACGGCUACGUGGGUCAACCGAAUGCAGUGCGUACCAACUUCACCACCAAGCAGCUCACCGAGCUGGAAAAGGAGUUCCACUUCAAUAAGUAUCUGACCCGCGCCCGCAGGGUGGAGAUCGCA